UGACAGUUGACAGUUUCACAUAUACAUAUUCCAUCUGCAUCCAAUCCAAUAAAUAUGUAAUAAUUGUCGAGGAGGUUCAAUCAACAUUACUUUUUGCAAAUAAUUAAUAAAUUAAUAUUGACAUUGCAAAUAUCAUUAAGUACAUUUUAUUGUUCAAUAAAUAAGAUGUUUAUAAUUCUCUAUUAUUUAUUUUCUUUCCUUAGUGUAAUUGAAAAAGUUUUGCUUCGCUCGUCUCGCAAUUUUCAGACUCGUCCUACAAAGCACUUUCAGUCCUUGGCAUUCAAAUUACUAUGACAGAAGAAUUCAUCACUCUAUAUGUAACUAUGGACAACUUCCUUAGAAUUCAAUAAGUUUUAUUGCAAAUCAAAAAAGAUCUAGUUUUGGUUAUUUUUAAAAACGUAUUUGUACGAUUUUUGAAAUAAGGUACGAGGGUUUUUUCUUAAGUUUGUAGAUAUGGCAACACUGAUGUAAAUAUGUCAAAUCUGACAUUGUCAUCAUAAAGUUUGACAUUUUUAAUGGUGAACGUACUCGUAUCGUGUUAUCCUAUUUGUGUUGUUUAAGUGUCUUAAAUUUGUAGAUAUGGCAACAAUGAUGAGAAUAUGUCAAAUCUGACAAUGUCAUUAUAAAGUUUGACAUUUUUUAAGGGAACGUAUUCGCACCGUGUUGUCCUAUAUGUAUUGGUUACAGAUACUUGAAACAUUCGUCAAAAAAUGGAAUUAAAUUGCGAACAUUUUCUUGUGAUGAUUUUCUAUAACUUGCGACGUAGAUUAAACCAACAGCAGUGUUGGUUGAUGCAAAGAAAAUCAAUCGCGGUGAUUCAUAAGAUGUCUGUAAGAUCAUGACGGGCGACGAAUCAUGGAUCUGUGCAUAUGAAACCGAGAAUAAACAAUAAUCAGGUCUUUCAGACGCGCCGAAUCCAACGAAAAUUGUUUGUGGACGUAGCAUUUGUUUGCCAGAAAUAUUCAAAAAAAUCAGAGAAACCAAUCACAGAAGACUAGUCAUUUUCCACCACGACAAUAGUCAAAACAUCGAAUUAAGGGUAAUCCGCCGUACAGUCCUUGUUUGGCUUACAAUUAUUUCUUCUUAUUCCCCCAGAUGAAAAAUAAACUGCGAGGUCGACGUUUUUCUACACCUGAAUAAGCGGUGGAUGCGUUCAAAUCACAUAUUUGGGAGGUACCUCAAUCGGAAUGGAAAAAUCGCUUCGGCAAUUGGUUCAAACGCUUGCAAAAGUAUAUUCAUCUUAAAGCAAUAAAGUUAUAUCCAAUUAUAAAUAUUUGUUUUCAUUUGUCUAUGUCUAUGUUAUUUGAGAUUUUAGAGUUUCUGAAUGCCCCCUCUAGAAAAUUGUAAUCUAGCCUACAAACUAUACGCAUUAGUAAUAAGGAUGACAUUGCUUGAUAUAUAUAUAUUUAUAAAUAUGCUCCGAAAUUUAGAGUAUGGUACGUUUAUUUGCUUCGGCGGGCUUUUAAGCGUGACUAAUUGUUCAAUUACCUUGUUACCGAUUCUCAUAAAAGAAUUAUUAAAUUAUCUUCAUAUUUUAGAAUGUGUUUGACCCUAACAAACAAGUUUAUCUGCACAACGAUUUCAACCAAUUGUACUGACGUUAUUUGUGAAUGUGCAUUUUUGUUCGCAUUUAUCAUUUAUUUGCAUUCAUAACAGAAAAAUGGCGGGUGAUCUGUUACAGUCGAGCAUUGAAAAAGUUUUGAAAAUUUUCGAAAUGUCUGAAGCAGAUCUUAUGCAAGAUAUUUGUCAGAUCAGAGAUUGGUUCAGAAAACAACGGCACAUACCAGAAAUACCUAGUAAUUCACUCAUACAACAUUUUCUUAUCAUGAAUAAGUUUAGUAUUGAAAAAACUAAGAAGAAGCUAGAUUUUUACUACAGCAUUAGAACAAUGAUUCCCGAAAUAUUUCAAAACAAAAAUCCGAAACUACCUCAUAUGCAGGAGAUCACUAAAUUUGCAUAUUGUGUCCCCCUUCCAAAGUUGACGGAAGAUUUAUAUAGAGUGAAUAUUUUCAAAAUAAUUGGAGAGCCAAAACACCUCAAUGUGUACAAUGUAUUGGCACAUCAGCUAAAUAUUAUUGAAGUUAAAUGUCACGAAGAAUUAAGUAUGGGUGAUGUAUUGAUAAUAGAUCUCCAAGAUGUUACUAUGGGUCAUUUCGUUAAAGUAACUCCUCAGCAUAUUCGCAAAGCAAAUUUGAUUUUGGAGAACGUUUACUCAACCAGACUGAAGCAGAUCCAUCUGGUUUACCCGUCCCCAUGUAUAGAUAUGUUAGUCACACUUUUGAAAUCCGUAUUGAAACCAAAACUAUUUGCAAGAAUUCAAGUACAUCCUUCGGCAGAAAGUCUUUUAAAACAAAUUCCUGCAGAUAUUCUUACUAAGGAUUAUGGAGGAAACGAACCAUCAUUGGAUCACUUUCAAGAGCUAUGGAAGCAGAAGCUUCAUCAGUAUUCGGACAGAUUCGAUAAACUGGAUUCAAUGAAAGUUAACGAAAAGCUUCGUCCAGCACCAUUAAAAAACGAUGACGUUUUAGGAUACUACGGAAAUUUCAAGUCUCUUAAUAUUGAUUAAUCAUUCAACUUGAUUUUAUUAUUGCUAAAAAGUUUAAUAAAUAUUGGGAAGAUGUAGAUAUAAUUUUAACGUGAAAGGAUUCAUAGUUUUCGAUUUUCAACACAGUGUGUUUUCAUUUAAUUUUUACGAAACUGGAAUUUAUGUUACCAAAUUGAUUCACAGUUAUUUUUCAAUGAGACAGGCAAUAAAAGUAAAUUUGAAGUUUUGAUAUCGGCUACAAAUGUAAGAAAAUCCUAGAAUCGAAAUAAUAAAUAGUGUAUUGUUUUUUUAAUUUCAAUGUAUUUAAAAUGUUUAUCCUAACGUAAAGAUUAUAUUUUGAAUAUAC